GAGAUUUUUCAUUUCCAUAACUGGUGGACUUUGAGUUGUCUCGCAUUUUAAGCCAAAACAGGGCUGAAUAGGGAAACAUAAUUUCGGAGGCAACCCAUGCUGGAGGAACGUUAGCCUCCGAGGUUCACCAAUCAGGGUUCCUAUGCCUAUUUCUCCACUCCCCUCCGACCAUGUUUUGGGAGUUCAGCUGCUUUUCACCCCAAUUGCUGCUGCACUGGAGGAGGAAUUGGGGAAACAAAUAACGGAGGCGCAGGGAAUCCUUCGUCGCCUCCUUUUCUACUUCCCUUCAUCGAUCGGCUAUCGACUUCCGUCCCACCUGGCCGCCGUUCGUUACUGGAGAAUAAAUCUCACAGAAAGUAUCAUCAUAGUGGGAAAUCAAUGAUGAGAUUGCUUUAUAGAUGUGGGAUAUUGGUGGUCGUUCUUUUGUUGGGGUCAAUCUUAUGUCGUGUAUCUUCUAAUCAUGAUGAUUAUUUUCGCUGCGAAAGCAUAGUGCGAAAAUGGGCAGACAAUUCAAAUCAAAAUGAAAUUAAAGAAAACGACCUGAAUUUGAAGGAUUUAUUGCUUUUUCUUCAUGUUCCAAGAACUGGAGGGCGGACAUAUUUUCAUUGCUUCUUGAGAAAGCUUUAUGCUAGUGCUCUGGAAUGUCCACGCUCCUAUGACAAAUUACAUUUUGAUCCAAGAUUGCUGGUGACUCAUGAUGACUAUAGUUUGAUGUCCAAACUCCCCAAGGAUAGGACUUCAGUUGUUACUAUUUUACGAGAUCCAGUUGAUCGUGUGUUUAGCACAUAUGAAUUUUCUGUGGAAGUUGCAGCUAGAUUCCUUAUACAUCCAAAUUUGACUUCAGUGGAUCAGAUGUCUAGACAAGUUCACAAAAAAACUGGCGGUGUCAGUACUUUAGAUAUAUGGCCCUGGAAAUAUUUAGUUCCUUGGAUGAGACAAGACUUAUUUAACCGGAGGGAUGCUAGAAGAUCUAGAAGAUAUCCUAUGUUUGAGGAAAUUAGUAGUCCGUAUGAUAUGCAAAACAUGGCCAUGCCUUUACAUGAGUAUAUUAAUCAUCCUAUAGCUCAUGACAUCAUUCACAAUGGGGCAACUUUUCAGGUUGCAGGACUGACAAACAACUCAUAUAGUGUGGAAUCACAUGAUGUGCACAAUUGUGUAAAGAAGCACCCACAACUUGGUCUCUUUGUUUUAGAAGUUGCAAAGCAUAGGUUGAAUCAUAUGCUUUAUGUUGGCCUCACUGAAGAGCACAAAAUGUCUGCUACCAUGUUUGCUAAACUGGUUGGAGCUCAAGUACUUUCUCAAUUGAAAGAUUUGAACUUUGAUUUUGACCAACCAGCAACCAACGAAUCUGAAGCAAGCUCUUCUUUUCCAGAUCCUGAAGUUAAUGAAUCAAACCAGGUUGAGGAUAACAAGGAUCCUAAAGAAAAUGAAGAUCAUUCUGUGCCACAUCCUGAACUGGCGAGACAAAAUAUGACAGUUGAAACAUUGAUUAACACGUAUGAAAGAUGUGUUUCCUCGCUGAGAAAAUCUCAAGCAACUCGCUGCACUACAUCUCUCAAAAGAAUUACUCCCGUGAUCUUUUCCAAGCAGGCACGCCUUUCUGUCCCGAAGAAAACUCUGAAGAAAAUCCAGGAUCUGAACACUCUUGAUGUUGCACUUUACAAACAUGCUCAACUUAUAUUCACGCAACAAAAGAAAUUUAUGAUACAGAAUGCUGACGAUGCUUUGUUGCAGCAGAAGGGAGACCUAUUGGCUGAAACGGAAAUACAGAGAGAAGGUUGUGGCAGCUUUUAUGGAUGCUCAUGGUGGAACUUUUUAAUCAUUCCAUUUUUUAUUAUCAUCGUUGUCAUACUUUUUAUAAGAAAAAGAAAGGAAAAUAAACUAAAGAUAUAAUGACAAGGGCAUGCUUUUUUGUUAUACCAUAACAGAUGAGAGAUGUGAGAUGGAUUGUGAAAUGCUUUACAAAUAUGAAAAUUGUGAUCAUAACACUUAAAAAUUUUUGAUUGGAGUUAUCAUAGUA